AUGCCUCUUAAGCGGAAUAAGCUAUUCUCAUGGAGGGAACUUUUAAUGAACCUCCCGCUCCUCUCCCCAUUUCGCCCUCUCCCCCAGCAGGCGGCGCAGCAGCGGCUGGAGGGGGGGUUGAGCCGCGAGCAGGCGGAGUUUGAGGCGAGCGUACGGGGGAAGAAGGCGGAAGGCGGACAGGCGGAAGGGGGAGGGGCGGAGGACCAGCGCCUGGCGCAGCUGGAGCAGGCGCACAUGCGCGCAAGGGGGAUAGUGGAGGCGGAGGGGGAAGAUGAGGGGGAAGGAGAGGCGGAAAAGGAGGGGGAAGGAAAGGCGGAGGCGGAUGGGGAAGGCGAAGCCGCGGAGAUCGCCAAAGCCGCGGAGAUCGCCAAAGCCGCGGGGAAAAGGAUUGCGCAGAGCUCAGGGGAGAAAGCUGGCGGAAAGGGUUUAACCGGGGUUGAGGGUUUAGCGGGGGCUAGCGGAGGGGUUGGUCUGGGGGGAGGGCGCAAAGGGGGAGAAAGAGGGGAAAUGGGAGAUGCUGACGUGGCGAGUGAGGCGGGAGAGAGUGUGGAGGGAGAGAAUGAGGCAAUGAGUGUGGAGUGGAGUGAGGGAGAGAGUGAGGGAGCGAGUGAGGGAGAAAGUGAGGGAGAGAGUGAGGAGCCGCCAGAGAGUCCUAAGGACAUCGGUACACGUGGCUUUAAUCUCCUUAAUGCUGCUCUUAGGAAGACUUAUGAUAAGGCAGGAACACCAGGAGGGAAGGGAGAAGGUAAGGGAAAUGGAAAGGGGGAUAACGCAGUGGAAGCCGGGAAAUCGGCAGGGAAAGCACUGAGAGCCAGGGGAGUAAGCAGAGAGGGGGCAGAGGAGGGGGAGAGGGAGGGAGCAGAGAGGCAGGGAGCGGUAGGAAAGCAGAUAAAGCGGGUGGGCACUAAAGGGAAGAAGAAGGCCGGAGCAAGAGGUUCGGGUGUGGCAGAUAUCUUCCCAGACGAAGCAGGUCCGGGGGAGGGAGGUUCGGCCCGGGCCGCGCCUCGGGAGGUCCGGUUUGCGGAUUUCGGGGGGAUCGACGGGGUGGUGGAGCAGGUUCGGGAGCUGAUCCUGUACCCGCUGGCGCAUCCGGAGCUGUACGCUUGGCUCGGCGUCGAGCCUCCAAGAGGGGUGUUACUCCACGGGCCUCCUGGGUGUGGCAAGACGAUGCUGGCUCAUGCCAUUGCACGGGAAGCGGGAGUGCCGUUUUUCAAGAUCGCUGCUCCUGAGAUUGUCUCGGGCAUGUCAGGCGCCUCAAAAGAUGGAGUGCCGUUCUUCAAGAUCUCUGCUCCUGAGAUUACUUUUGAGGCGCCUCAAAAGCCGUUCUUCAAGAUCUCUGCUCCUGAGAUUACUUUUGAGGCGCCUCAAAAGCCGUUCUUCAAGAUCUCUGCUCCUGAGAUUACUUUUGAGGCGCCUCAAAAGCCGUUCUUCAAGAUCUCUGCUCCUGAGAUUGUCUCCGGCAUCAUAGGAGUGUUGCUGCACGGGCCUCCAGCAGGGUGUGGCAAGACAAUGCUCACCCAGGCCAUUGCACGGGAGGCAGGAGUGCCGUUCUUCAAGAUCGCUGCUCCUGAGAUAGUCUCCGGCAUGUCAGGGGCGGGGUUGGUGGCUUCCAUUGCUGCAGCAGCAGCAGCAGCAGCAGCAGCAGCAGCAGCAGCAGCAGCAGCAGCAGCAGCAGCAGCAGCAGCAGCAGCAGCAGCAGCAGCAGCAGCAGCAGCAGCAGCAGCAGCAGCAGCAGCAGCAGCAGCAGCAGCAGCAGCAGCAGCAGAGGGAUUUUUCUCCACGGACGGACCUCCUGGGUGUGGCAAGACGAUGCUGGCCCAUGCCAUUUCCAGAGAGGCACGAGUGCCGUUCUUCAAGAUCGCUGCCCCAGAUAUCGUCUCGGGCAUGUCAGGUGAGUCUGAGGCGAAGCUACGGUCGCUCUUCUCCUCGGCUGAAAGGGCUGCUCCAGCCAUUCUGUUCAUCGACGAGAUUGAUGCCAUCACACCCAAGAGGGAGACGGCUCAGCGGGAGAUGGAGAGGAGGAUUGUUGCGCAGCUGCUGACGUGUCUUGAUGACCUCCAGUCAUCUCCUGACACGUCAGGGGAGAAGGCGGGGGAUGGAAGAGAGGAGAAGGAGAAGGAGCAGGGGAAAGGGAUGGAGGAAACGGAGAAGGAGCAGGAAGAGAGGGAGAGAGAAAGGGAGAGGGAGAAGAGGAGGAAGUUGAUAGGGCAUGUGGUUGUGAUAGGAGCAACAAACCGUCCAGAUUCAUUGGAUCCUGCGCUGAGACGGGCGGGCAGAUUUGAUCGCGAGAUCUCCCUGGGGAUCCCCGAUGAAUCAGCGCGGGCCCGGAUCCUGGAGGUACUUUCCAGGAAGCUGCGGCUGGAGGGGUCGUUUGAUUUCGGGGUUAUUGCGCGGCGUACCCCGGGGUUUGUCGGGGCGGAUCUGGCCGCUCUUGCGAAAGAAGCGGCGGCUAUUGCGGUGAAGAGGAUUUUUACGAGUAAGGAAGCGGUGCUGGUGGGUGGUGGGAGAUUGGAGGGAGCAGCAGGAACAGGAGUGGCGGCAAUGGCUGGAGUAGGGGAAGGAGGAGCAAUGGAAGUGACUGGAGUAGGGGAAAGGGGAGCAGGUGUUUUAGUAGCAGCAGCAGGAGAAGCAGCAGCAGCAGCAACAGCAGGAGCAGGAGAAGAAGGUGGUGACUGUAUGCUGAGUAGUGAGAGGCAUGGAGGUAUGCUCGCAGGCAUGUGCCUUGUGCAUACCAUCUGCAUCGAGGAAGAGGAGUUGCAGGCGCUGAGCAUCACAAUGGGGGACUUUGAGGAAGAGGAGUUGCAGGCGCUGAGCAUCACAAUGGGGGACUUUGAGAGUAGUGAGAGGCAUGGAGGUAUGCUCGCAGGCAUGUGCCUUGUGCAUACCAUCUGCAUCGAGGAAGAGGAGUUGCAGGCGCUGAGCAUCACAAUGGGGGACUUUGAGAGUAGUGAGAGGCAUGGAGGUAUGCUCGCAGGCAUGUGCCUUGUGCAUACCAUCUGCAUCGAGGAAGAGGAGUUGCAGGCGCUGAGCAUCACAAUGGGGGACUUUGAGGUGCGUUGGGGUGGUGGCAUACCACAGAGUAGUGAGAGGCAUGGAGGUAUGCUCGCAGGCAUGUGCCUUGUGCAUACCAUCUGCCUCGAGGAAGAGGAGUUGCAGGCGCUGAUCAUCACAAUGGGGGACUUUGAGAGUAGUGAGAGGCAUGGAGGUAUGCUCGCAGGCAUGUGCCUUGUGCAUACCAUCUGCAUCGAGGAAGAGGAGUUGCAGGCGCUGAGCAUCACAAUGGGGGACUUUGAGAGUAGUGAGAGGCAUGGAGGUAUGCUCGCAGGCAUGUGCCUUGUGCAUACCAUCUGCAUCGAGGAAGAGGAGUUGCAGGCGCUGAGCAUCACAAUGGGGGACUUUGAGAGUAGUGAGAGGCAUGGAGGUAUGCUCGCAGGCAUGUGCCUUGUGCAUACCAUCUGCAUCGAGGAAGAGGAGUUGCAGGCGCUGAGCAUCACAAUGGGGGACUUUGAGAGUAGUGAGAGGCAUGGAGGUAUGCUCGCAGGCAUGUGCCUUGUGCAUACCAUCUGCAUCGAGGAAGAGGAGUUGCAGGCGCUGAGCAUCACAAUGGGGGACUUUGAGAGUAGUGAGAGGCAUGGAGGUAUGCUCGCAGGCAUGUGCCUUGUGCAUACCAUCUGCAUCGAGGAAGAGGAGUUGCAGGCGCUGAGCAUCACAAUGGGGGACUUUGAGAGUAGUGAGAGGCAUGGAGGUAUGCUCGCAGGCAUGUGCCUUGUGCAUACCAUCUGCAUCGAGGAAGAGGAGUUGCAGGCGCUGAGCAUCACAAUGGGGGACUUUGAGAGUAGUGAGAGGCAUGGAGGUAUGCUCGCAGGCAUGUGCCUUGUGCAUACCAUCUGCAUCGAGGAAGAGGAGUUGCAGGCGCUGAGCAUCACAAUGGGGGACUUUGAGAGUAGUGAGAGGCAUGGAGGUAUGCUCGCAGGCAUGUGCCUUGUGCAUACCAUCUGCAUCGAGGAAGAGGAGUUGCAGGCGCUGAGCAUCACAAUGGGGGACUUUGAGAGUAGUGAGAGGCAUGGAGGUAUGCUCGCAGGCAUGUGCCUUGUGCAUACCAUCUGCAUCGAGGAAGAGGAGUUGCAGGCGCUGAGCAUCACAAUGGGGGACUUUGAGGCAGCAGUGGCGAAGGUGCAACCGAGCGCCAAGAGGGAGGGAUUCACCACCAUCCCCGGAGUCACUUGGGACGACGUGGGGGCUCUGGCAGACGUGAGGGAGGAGCUGGAGUUUUCGAUUUCUCGGCCGAUCAAGUACCCUGAGGAGUAUGAGGCCAUGGGGCUCCGAGCAGCAACAGGCAUCCUCCUCUACGGCCCGCCAGGGUGUGGCAAGACGCUGGUGGCCAAGGCGAUUGCCAACGAUGCUGGGGCGAAUUUCAUAUCCAUCAAGGGUCCAGAGCUGCUGAACAAGUAUGUGGGAGAGAGCGAGCGGUCUGUGCGUCAGCUGUUUGUGCGGGCGAGGGCGUCGUCGCCCUGUGUGCUCUUCUUUGAUGAGAUGGACGCCAUGGCUCCACGGAGAGGGUCCGACGGCAAUGGAGCAGCAGAGAGAGUGGUCAACCAGCUUUUAACGGAGAUGGAUGGGCUUGAGUCACGCAAGAGCGUCUACAUCAUUGCCGCCACCAACAGGCCUGACAUGAUCGACCCAGCACUACUCCGCCCUGGUCGCCUUGACAAACUUCUUUUCAUUCCGCUGCCCGACGCGCCGUCUCGGGCAGCCAUCUUGUGCACUCUCAUUCGCUCGAUUCCCCGAGCAGAAGACGUGAAUGUUGAGCUAAUGAAUGAGCUGGCAGGUGCUGGGGGUGGUGUGUCAGCAGGUGCAGAGGCAUGGGGGGCAACAGCAGCAAGGGAGGCAGCAGGGGCAGCAGCAGGGGAAGAAAAGACUGGCAGUGCGGAGCAGAGAGGAGGAGGAGGAUCAGCAGGAGGAAGGGGAGGAGAGAUAGAUGGGAGUGUUAGACGAGGGGAGGAAAGGGCAAGGGCAGAGGAAGAGGAGGGGCAGAAAGCAAGGGGUGGGAAGGUGGGAGGAAAGACUCUGGGGGCGGGUAGAGGACGCAAGGCCCCCUGUGAAGGAUUCAGUGGUGCUGACCUGGCAGCCCUGGUGCGAGAGGCGUGUGUGACGGCACUACGAGAGCGCAUGUCCAUUCGACACACAGAAGCAGAAGCAGCUCAGCUUCACCCUACUGCUUCUGCUCCUGCGACUGCCGCCGCCGCCGCUGCUGCCGCCGCCGCUGCCGCUGCUGCUGCUGUUGCUCCUCUUCCUAUUGCUGCGUCGACUGCUGCCGAACCUGUCGCCCCUGCUGCCAUGUUGGACAAGGGGCCGCAGGCUUGGCCCGGACCUGUAGUGGAGGCUCGGCAUUUCAAGAAGGCACUGACUCGAAUUGUCCCUUCGGUUUCUCCUCAGGAUAUCAAGCGCUACGAGGACCUUCGCCGCAACCUUAGGGGUGCGCGUUACCACAUCGCGGAAUAG